CCACGCUACCUUCUCCCUCUCCCCGCGCCCAUUCUUUCCCUCUUCCUCCGUCCUCCCUUCAAACCAAAGCAUUCCGCCUCUUCUUCGGCCUCCUCCAUACUUAGGCAUUACUCCACCCUCAUAGCUCCAACCCCACAUCUGUUUUCUUGCGCUGCUGCUUCUCACCAAACCUCGUUUUCAUUACUGUCACAUCAUCCCCUCCCUCUCGCUCAUUAUCAUUCAGUAAUUUAACGUGACAACGUACCAGCUUUACUCAUAAUUGUUAUUCACACUCUUGCCUUCCGACGACGGCCUCCUCAGACAGCCAAGGCGGAGGCGGAGGAGGGGAAGAGGAGCGAGGAGCGGAGAUAUGAAGCUGUCUUUGCUCCAGAACCAGACCAACCGCCGGGGCGGUGGUCACAGGCCGCCGGAGGUCGGUGGUGGUGCCGGACAGACCGACGGCAUACUCCGCUCGCCCUCCGCCGUGUUCUGGAUCGUCCUCCAUGGCCUCUGCUGCGUCAUCAGCCUCGUCCUCGGUUUCCGCUUCUCUCGUCUUGUCUUCUUCCUCCUCUUCUCCUCCCCAUCUUCCACCUUCACCACCUCCUCCACCUCCACCGUCUUCACCUCCGCCCCCAUCAUCCACGCCGCCACCACCACCACCACCAUGACCACCACCACCACUACGACCACCACCACCCGCACUCAGACCCUGGCCGUCUCCCUCCCCACCACGCCCCCUCCCCCGGCGACGUCGGCUGAGGCGUCUCUUGCGGCGGCCAACACGACGCAGAGUCGCGUGGUGGUGGGCCGGCAUGGGAUCCACAUCCGGCAGUGGCCGUACCCGGACCCGACGGAGGUGAUGCAGGCGCACUGGAUCAUCGAGCGAGUGCAGCGGGAGCAACGGCUGCAGUACGGCGUGCGGACACCUCGCCGGCUCAUCGUCGUGACCCCGACCUACGUCCGCACCUUCCAGGCGCUCCACCUCACCAGCCUCCUCCACACCCUCCUGCUUGUCCCCUACCCCCUCACCUGGCUCGUCAUCGAGGCCGCACCAGCCGGCGAUUCCUCGAACGAGACCACCACCCUCCUCGCCCGCUCUGGCCUCCCCUUCCUUCACAUCUCCUUCUCGGAUCCCAUGCCCGACAACUGGGCCGACCGCCGCCUCACCGAAGCCCGUAUGCGCCUCCGCGCCCUCAGAGUGGUGAGGGAGAGGAGAAUGGACGGGGUCGUGGUUUUCGCCGACGACAGCAAUGUGCACAGCAUGGAGCUGUUCGACGAGGCGCAGAAGGUGAAGUGGGUGGGCGCCGUCUCCAUCGGAAUCCUCGCCCACUCCGGGCGAUCCGGGGCGGGCGAGGAGGACAAAUCCCCCGUGCCCAUCCAAGGCCCGGCUUGCAACUCCUCUGGCGACUUGGUCGGGUGGCACAUCUACAACCCUCUUCCGCACACUGGCGCCACGUUCGUUGGUGCGGCCAAAACCAUGCUGCGGGCGAAGAUGGAGUGGGCCGGGUUCGUGCUGAACUCGAGAUUACUGUGGAGGGAGGCCGAAGGAAAGCCCGAGUGGGUUCGGGAUCUCGAUGCCGUCGGCAAGGUUGGAGAGCAGAUUGAGAAUCCGCUGGUUCUGUUGAAGGAUGCCUCCUUCAUCGAGCCUCUGGGGAAUUGCGGUAAGAAGGUUCUUCUUUGGUGGCUCCGCAUCGAAGCCCGCCAUGACAGCAAGUUCCCACCAGGAUGGGAUAUAGAUCCUGCUGUCGAGGCAACUAUUGCUGCAAAGCGCACUACAUGGAUCGAUUCGCCACCUGAGCUUCCAUCCCAAAUGAUGGUUAGCAAUCAAGAAUCACACACUUCAAGAAAGAGUAUGCCAUCAUGGAGUAAGCACGCCACUCAUGACGAAGAGAAGCAUGAUUCGUCGGUAGAAAGAGGCCAAAACUGAUCGACAAAUCGGCACCGAUGCGUGCCACAGAGGCAUUUUCCAGCUUCAUGUCAAGAUCCAUAGAACACACCGGAUUGCAGCAUUCUACGACUUGUCUUCAAAUAGUUAUCUUUAUACCUCCACGAGGAUUGGGAUCAGCAAUUCGAGUUGAAUGAUGGAACUGUCUCAAUUAGCACUCAUUAUCACAAAGAUCAUGCGAUGCAGCUCAGACAAAAAUGUUAUGGCACUGGAAAAAUACUUGAGAACUCCAUUUUCUUAGUGAAUACUACAUUAAUCGUCGUUUAUAGCAAGUCAGCAUAUUUUGUUGCAUGUUCUUUGAGAUUUUUAGCGUUCAAAUAUACAUCCCUCUAUUCUUUUUGA